AUGAAAUUAUUAUGCACCUUACCUGUCACCAUACUUACAACCACAGCAUUAUGUCCAGUACCCACCACCUAUGUUUCAAAAGUACCAGAGUCAGAAUGUGAUCCCGAAUCUGGUCAUACAGCAGCAUAUCCAUCAAAAUUAGAAGAGAAUAACUCAUUAGAGAAUAGAUUUUUUCAAAACAAAAGCAGCAAUAGAAGCAACCGUGAGAUAUUGGAUAGAAAAGAUAAGACCCCUGCCAGUAGUAACUUGCUGGUUAAGGAACUUAGUGCUACUGUUUUCAAGGAAUUUAUGGAGCCUCAUACAGAUAAUAAUACCACAACAAAAGCUAGCAGAAACAAAAGCUUGUUUGAAGAUACUGUUGAGAAUAAAUUAGAUAACAGCCAGACAGUUGGCAAGGGUUAUGGGCAAGGUCCAGAGUUUUGCAAAGGCCUUCGCUCUAACACAAGUCAGGCAAAAAUGGAUAUGCCCUCAACAACUGGUUGGUGUGCAAAAUUAGAUAAACAAAUAGUAUUCGAAAAUUGGCCAGAGGGCUUUUGGGUUUUAGUAUUUAUAGAUAGUCAUACAGCAUUAGUGACAAUGAAGUUAGGUAGAAAACACUGGUGGCAAAAAGAAACCUACAGAAAUUUGUGGCAGAACCUUGGAGGAACUUACAGUGGAAAUUUUUGGCCAUCUAUAUUCAUCCAUAAAGAAGUUGUUGGAGAGGACAAAGCAAUUAGCAAAAAACACA